CCAUCCCUUCUUUUAGUGUUAAAAAAUCUGAGAUAAAGAAUGAAGCUAAGCGAGUCAGAGAAGCAUAAGAGACAACAACACUUCGACCACGAUCUUAAAAACAUGAUAUCAUCAUUAACCCACAUGGGAGCAGACAAGGCAGGACCGAGCCAAUAUGAAGAACAGGAGAAUGGGGAGGAAGAUGUCAUCAGAGUCAUCACGCUUUCUGGAACCAACCUUGGAGCCACCAUGAAGACUGAGCUUGACGACAACCAUGUAGACAGCUACAAAAAUGGCGACCACGAGCUUGAUUCUCUGACUACCUUUGUAAACAGCAACUUCCAAGCUGUGAACAACUCGUUAAUGAUAGGCGCCAAGUACGAGACUCAUGAUCCAGGCGUUCAUCUUGACAUCUCAGGAGAUGUGGAGACACCUUCGAUGAAGGCACCAGCGAGGGGAACAAGGGGAAAGAAGGACAAAAAUCCUGUUAGAAGAGAUCGUCGAGAAUCUGAACAUACAGAUUGAUUUGGUGACUUCAAGAACAAAGCAUUUUGGCUUCUGUUUUAAUUCUCUUUUAGUUCUUAUCUUCUCUAAAUAAUCAGAGAAGUGGUGCAUGACAAAGCACUUUACUUUCUCUUCAAGCUUGUUGUUUUAACUUACCCUAAUUAUUAAUAUACAGUCUAUA